UCUGUUCCCAUCGGACACUCCCCUUGGCAGUCCCCUCAGUUAGGGAAGAAACUUGAAACUUUUUUUCUCUUUCCUACAGAAGCGUCAAGUGUAUUCAGAUGAGAAAGAGAGCUUAGGUGGCAAACCCUGUGUUCACUGGCUAGCUGUGCUGCAGAGGGAACCUGCAAAGAUCCAUUCAUUUAGCUGCAGAAGAAGGGAAAUCACAUCAGCUGCAUCGACAUUUUGUUGGAACCAAUGAAUUUAACAGGAACACACCUUGUCUUUAGGAAAAUAAAUAUUUGAAGCUGGUGAGGAGAGAUUCUCAAAUGUUUGAUCCCAUGUCCCGCGUCUAGUAAGGAUGCAAGCAGCACGUGAUAUAAAAAGAUCCAGUGUCACAAUGGCACAUGUACCUCUGCUGUUGCUGCUGUCCAUGUCCAUUUUAAGUGUCAUUUCAGGGACUUUACAGAUUGAUGAUUACAUAUGGCACAUAAAAAAAGUACCACUGGUUGUUAGCAAAAGAACUUUGUCUCUUGAGAACCCCAAAUUCAGUGCAGAGGCCAUCGAUGAGCUAAAUGGGACUUGCGGCAUAGAAUGCCAGAGAAGCAUGCCAAUGCCAACCCUGACCGAUCUGGAAGAGAACUUUUCUUAUGAGACUAUGUAUGAGAAUGGAACACGAACACUGACAGAAGUGUUGGUGAGGGGAGUGGACAUACAAACAGAAUAUGAACUGACAACAAACACUGUGCAUUCUAGAAGAAAAAGGCAGGUCUACGGCUUAGACAGUAGAUUCAGCAUCUCUGAUAAACAGUUCAUUACCAAAUUUCCUUUCAAUACGGCAGUGAGGAUCUCUACUGGUUGCACUGGAAUUCUUGUUUCACCAAAGCAUGUCCUUACAGCUGCUCACUGCAUUCAUGAUGGCAAUGAUUACCUCAAGAGUGCAAAGAAGCUGAGAGUGGGUGUGAUGAAACUGAGAACAAAACGUAGCAAUAAAAAGCGCAAAGGAAAAGGAAAAAGAUCCAAAAGACCAAAGAGAGAUGUAGAUCCCAAGCCAAGCUUCCAGUGGACAAGGGUAAAACACACUCAGAUCCCAAAGGGAUGGUUUAAAGGGCUGACUGACAAUGUUGGAGUGGACUAUGACUAUGCUAUCCUGGAACUGAAACGAUCUCAAAAACAGAAACAUAUGGAACUGGGAAUCAGUCCUCCAUUCAAAAAAAUGCCAUCUGGCAGGAUACAUUUUUCAAGUUUUGAUGAUGACCGACCAGGCCUGAUUGUCUAUCGUUUUUGCAGCAUAUCUGAUGAAUCAAGUGACCUUGUAUACCAGCACUGUGAUGCUCAGGCUGGUUCCAGUGGCUCAGGAAUGUACAUUCGCCUUAAGGAACCUGGAGAAAAGAAGUGGAAACGAAAAAUCAUUGGUGUCUUCUCAGGUCACCAGUGGGUUAAUGUCAGUGGUGUGCAGCAGGAUUACAAUGUUGGUGUACGAAUCACACCACUGAAAUAUGCACAGAUUUGCUUCUGGAUACGGGGGAACUAUGCUGAUUGCCAAGUUGGCUGACAAGAGCCCUUUGAGACUUUGACAGCACCUACAAUGCAUUGCGAGUCUGUGCUUCUGCUAAAUAGCAGAACAGUAUGUGUGAGCAUAUGUUGGCUGCAACCAACCAGUUCUGAAAUUUGCUACCAAGAGUGAAACCUGUAAUUAAAUAUCAAUUGUAACUAGUGGGGGAGUGGGGCAGUGGGGGAGUGGGGCAGAUAUCUGCAGAAGAUGAAAGAAAGGAAGGGAAUGGAACUGUUCAGAAGGGAAUAAAUGCUUAGCAUCACAUUUAAAAAUACUGGGGUUAGGCCAUUUCUCAGAAUGCAACAAGGUGUAAAGUUUCUUUAAUACAGUCACAGUCUAACUUGGCAUCAUUAUUUAUUGCUCACUUGUUGUGGACAAAUGCAAGUGUUCAUUGAUAUAAAGGCAAACUAAAGAUCCGCAUAAGGGAAAAAGAACCAGUUUUAGCUUACUGAAGAUUUGCCUAAGAGUUAUAUUAAAAACAGAAAAGGUUUAUUGAUCUUAGUAAAGCUCCUCUAAGGCAAUGUUAGGCACAUUGUGAACAGAUUACUAUGUCCUGGUGUUAUCAAAUUUUGGAUAUGCCAUCAACAUAAUAUCACAUCCUAUUGUCAGCAGAUGUAGAAAGACAGUACCCUAUUUUGAGUGGAACAGUUUAAGAGGCUUUUGUUGCUCCCUUUUUAUGGUAUAUGAUUAACAAAGCUAAGUGCUAUUCAGUACUGUAUUCAUUUACUGUAUGUGCUGGACAUUACACAUGCUCAGUGCUGAAACAUAAUUCCUUUCUCCAUAGGUAACAGUCCAGAACAUUUCAACUUUGCAUAGGUGGCUGAGACUUAUUAAGUUUCCCUUGCAGUCUGGAAGGAGAUAGCAACUUUGUUUCUUGACUUAUCUGUCUAUCUUUAACCUUCUGGAUUCACAGUACUAAAUAUCCAGUCAGGCAUAGGACUUCCUUUCUCAGGUAAAUCUGGGGUUAUAGAGGGUAUGUGGUACAUUCUGGAGCCCCAACUGAGCUGUAUCCAUCAUAACUAACCAGAGGGGAGGCACAAUUUGUUUUACUGUCCACCAUUGUAAGAGGGCAGGAUCUGGUUAUGUGUCAAAAAUGGCUUAUGAAUAGACAUUAAAAACAUCAGCAAUGGAAAACUUUCCUGAGACUUGAAACCUAGUGCAGAAAGGACAGGUGAAUUUGUGAUAAGUACUGAUUUACUGAAUUUUCACAAUACUAUUAUUUUAUUAUUAUUUUACUUUUGUCUUUUAACUGCUGUUUCAAAUGCUGAAAGAAGCAUGAAACCCUGCUCAAAAGUGUAAUUUCAUGGUCUUGGGAGUAAGUCAGGCAGUAGGUUCACUGCUUGACUAAGUCAUACAGACAGAAAUGGAAGUGUGUGCUGCAGAAACCUCCCAUUUAAACAUUUCAGCCAUGAUAUAAUUCAGGCAUUGCCUUGCUGUAUAGCUGACACCAAUAAUAGUCAUUAUAAUCAACUGUGACUUCUGGUAAUUAUAGGUCAGAGAUGGCUUUUUAAGAGUCUUACAGUCAGUGGCCCUAGAAAAAUAUCAACUGUUAUGCUACCAACAGUUGUCGCAUUGUGUUCCUCUCAGCACUGCUUUAGCUUGUGGUGAGCAUUUCUAACCAGAUAGGAACAUGAAUAAACCACAAGCAGAACAUUGAAAGAAGGAAUGCUGGCAUACCACACUGUGCUUUCAAAUCACAUCUGUUCCACUUCUGGCACAGCUAUUAAACACAUUUAGGCUCCCAAUUUCAAAGAAUAAAAAUGAAGCUGGUACAUGGAUUUUUUUUUACUUUAAAAACCUGCGUCUUUGCAUGUAUUUGGGUAAAGUUAGUCGCAUUUUAAUUAAUAUAAACAGUGAAACAGCCUUGUAAUUAUUGUUUAUGUACAGCAUUCAGACAACCGAGCUGUGACUAUUAAAGUCUUGAGUUUAUAUAACCUCGUAUUUACUGAAUGGUUCAUUUUGUAACCAUCACUGAGUUUACCAACAUUCUCUUGCUUCUUCUCCAGCAUACUGAAAAUGUAAUCUUGAGUGUCUGAAUACCACACCCAAGUAAACAAAUGAAAGUAAAAAAUAAAGAAAUCUGAAUUUAUUCGUGCAUAAAUGUCACAGAUGAAGGAACAUUUCUCUGCCUCCACAAAUCCUUCUUUUCAUUUUCUACGUUAAGAAUCCUGGGUAAAAUGCAAUACGACAGGCUAUUUCUCUGCGCCCCAGUAUUAAAAGUCAUUGUGCUGCCCAUCAAAGUUAGGGGCAGAAAAAGGAACAUUUUAUUUUGUACAUUAAUGGGCCUAGUGCUACUACCUAACGUAGACAGUGAUGUGGAAUCUUUGGGUGCCAUUUGUUGUGGUUUAACAAUUUCCAUGCAUGGGAAUAGUUCUGACAUUUUUAAACAGAAAUAUAAUAGAACAAGGUUAACACUAAAGGCAAAAAUCAAGCACUGUGCCUAAAUUACUUAAUGUUUCAUUUUUCAGGCAUGAGCAGCGUUUCUUUCCAAGUUGUUUUUGUAUAUCAAAUAAGGCAAAAUUGUACUGUUUUCUUUCAUUUUACAGUGUUACCAAAAGCUUACUGAAAAGUAUCACUUGAAUCACUUCAGCAUUGACUGAAUCAUUUCAUUUCAUAUUAAUCCAGACAAAAAAUGAAAAGCCUCAUAAAACAGCAACAGUCAUUUUACCCACGUUUGUCAGUAUAACCAAAAUGUUACGAGGUGGGAGUUUUGUUUUGCCUUCUCUGCAGAUGAACAAAAUGAAAAGAAUGCAUUUUAAGUCUUACAAGUCUCUCAUCCAAUCUGUACCCUUCAGAACUGUAUUUACACAAGCUUGUGAGUAUGUAAACACUAUACUAGCUACCCUGUCAUGCAUGCGCAUGUACUUUUGUACAAGAGUGUGUCUGCAUAGGCGUAUAUGUGUUUUGGUGUUUACAUGUUUGCACAUGACUAAUAACAGAGAUGGUACGGAUAUGUAACAUGUAAGAGACUGCGGUUAUCAUUGAAUGGUGACAUACAAAGAACAAGAUGAGAAAUCAGACCAGCUUCUCUGUGGGGCUAAAGUACUAUGGUUUUUGUUUAGUAUGGUUAUUCUAAACUAAACUACAGAAAUCUCUCAUAAGUAGUAAGGUGCAGGUAAUCAUAUAUGGCUUACAGCAGUGGCACCAUAAUUUACUUCAUCUUUUGUCUCUCUCAAGUCAAAGGCCUGUGCUGUUUUGAUACUGGACAUUAUCAGUAGCACUACAAGUAAUGAUAAUACAUGUUAAUGCAUUUUUGUCACUGAAGUAAUUGUUUAGAGUAAAAUAAUGACCUCUAGAUAUAUAUGGUUCAGGCUCUUCAGGCCAUCUUUACCCUUCAAGGCUUAGUGUGAGACAAGGAAAGAUAGCUGUUGUUGACUGAGCUGAAAUUAUCUCUUAAUUUUGUCAACAAAUCAUUGGAUAGGGACACAAAAUGGUAUUGCAUACAGGUUUCACUUCUUAUCUUUCUGUUUAUUAAUCAAUGAAAUAAUGGUGCUUUAUUGAUGUGUGCACUUAAAAUGAACCAAUUUCUCUGGGUAAACCUUUGAAACUGAUUACUUUCAUAUAUUUCUCUUCUUUCAUACAUUUUUGCACAUUAUUUUGUUUUGCUGUUUAGUGAUCUGCUUACAUUUGAUGACAAGCAAUAAUAUGGAAAUGAAGAAAUCUACACUGUGCACUCCAGAUUUAUUAAUAUAAAUUGAUAUUAAAAUAUUGAUCCAUAAGAUUCCAAAAACAGCUGGCUUUCACCAUUGACAAGACUGUUGAAUAUGGGGUCUUUUGUUCUUCUUUUCUAUUUAAACUGACUGACAGCUUGCCUUCUUGUACUCCAUUUGCCCUAGAAUUUUUUUUUUAGAAAUUGCAGUGUCACUUUUAGCCUCCAGAUAUCUUGUCUUAACAGAGGAUGCAAAACUAAACUGUAGGUAAACAACUGCAGCAGACACUUUUACAGGUCCAAAUUUUGUCUUAAUUAAAGCACCUAAAGUAUUAACACAAACAGAUAAGAUGAAAUUCAUAAUCUGGAUUUGUAUUUCUAUUGAUAAACCUUUCUAAAGCUAACUGCAUUGUUUGUUUCCUGUGAUUUAACAAAUCCAUUUAAGAAAUGACUGUAGUUUGAGAUAUGCAUGCAGUAAGAUCCAGGGUGUGCUUUAUAGCCUUAAAAGGACAUGUAAAAGGAGUCCAUUGACCACACAGUACUAAUGAAACCCUUAUUAGGUUUAUAGGUACUUAUUAGGUGGGUUUCUGUGAGAAUCAUAAGAAGCUUAGCCGUACAUUCCCAUGGCAGUUUUUGACCCUUAUAUUUUGCAUACAAAUAACCCAGAGGUAGGCCAAAUAAUGAUAUGUGAGGCAUGUACAUGCUUUCCAUAUAUAUAGAAGACAGGGGUGCUAAACUAGGGUGAAUUUGCAGUAACCCAUCAUCUGUCCAAAUUAUAUUUAAAGAGAAGUACUUUAUUUUAUGUGGCGUGGAAGACAGUUCCAUAGAAGUGGUAUUCUCUAUGAUACAAACCUAGCCCUCCGACAUAUUCUAUUUAUUUUGCAAAAGAGAUUGAGAUCCCUAGAGCAGGUAUUUAUGCUAUAAUUGAGAAUGUGUAAUAGGUCUGAUGGCAGAGGUUGCCUCUCAGUAGCAUGUGUGAUACUGAGGAGGGGGAUAAGGCUUUUAGAUGGUCUGCAUAGUUUUUAUGAUUUAGGCCCUUGAUAUUUUUAAUGCAAAAUAAUUGUGGUUGUUCCAGUUGGUACAAGUGUUUGUACAGGUGUAUACAGAAAGGGACAUUAUGCUCAAUGAUCAGCCUAACAAGUGUUGAGUACUUUGGCAUCCUUGGAUCUGGACACAAUACCUUUGGAUAUAAGCAGUGCAAUGUAAAAGGUCCUUACAGCAGUGGAUAUGUGGUGUUCAUUGUCAACAUAGUUUUCCAGAUCCCUAACUUGGAAUUAUUUUUCAGGAGGGUGUAGUCUGCUUGCCAAAGGCUUCAAUUAUACAAUUCUUUGCAUUUAAUUUUAGUCCAUGUUUUCAACACCAGCUAUUUGUUUGGAACACUCUCUCUUAGAGGAUCUUGAUGUCUUCUGGGGAGUUUAUGAGGGCACCAAGUUUGCAGUCAUCUGUAAACUUGGUCAGGCACAAAUCCUUAAAAUUAGCUUUGACCUGUGAAAAAUAAAUGCCAAAGAGUACUGUCCCAAGGAGUGAAGUCUUUUGUAGAAGGUAUAGCCAUCUACCCAAACUUCCUGGGUUCUAUUUGUGACCCAAUGUGCUAUCCCACCAACUUACAUAGGGAUUGACAUUUAGCUGGGAGAGUUUUUCUAUAAUACCCGAGUAUGGGAUGGUGUAAAAUGCUUGUGCAGGGUCUAGAUAUGCACUGUGUACUGUUUUGCCCUCAUCCAUUGCAUGAGUAACCUUUUUUUGAAGAAGUCAACUAGAUUAAGUAGGCAGGAUAUGCCCUUGAUAAAUCUAAACUGAGUUGGGUCAAGUCUGUAGGUUACCUUGAUCCUCGUAUAUUAAUUGCAUAAUGAUCUUUCCGAUAGUCUAAUGGAUAAGACUGGUCAGGAUUAUGGAUAUAUAAUUACUCAGGUCCUUUAAAGCCUCACUUUUGCACAAGGAAAUGACUGUUCUCCAUUCUUCUGGUCCAACACCUGUUUUGAGACUAAUAUUAAAUAGCUUAUUUAAGGGAUUAAACAAGCCAUGUUUCAGGCUGAUCUGUAGGCAGCCUGGUAUGUUAUCUGGCUCAACAGACAUAGUGUUCUUGGCCUUAGACAGUGCCUUGAGAUCUUGUUCUUGGGAUAAUUGAGUGCAGUGAGUAUGUAUGGAUAAGCGAUCUGGAAAUACUGGAAGAGACUGGGGUGAUGUUUGAGCUAAAUUUCUGUACUUCUCUGAAUGUGAGUAUGUGCUAUCAUGUACUAUUAACUCUGCACAGUGCUAGGCAUUAUUUCUGACAUUAAAAAAACAUUAAAGAAGGGCUUGUGGUUAUCCUUUACCUGCAUGGCUAUUUUUACCUCAUAUCUUGCUUUGGUUCAUUUGAUCGGGGUCUGGAGUUCCUUGUUUAGUUUAGCUAGAGAAUUUUUGGCAUCUUAAGAGAUAGAUUUAUUGAUGUUAAAUAUUUUUGAAUUACUAGAAAACACUUUUAAAUAUCCUAAAUUGAAAGCACUUUAAAUAUUUUCUGGCCCUUGGGUUAAAUAAAAAACAAAAAUAAACAAACCUGGACCCUAUACAUGUCUUAGCUCGACAUUUAGAAUGAAGUUUUCAGGCACUAUUUAUGAAUCGUCAAGAUACCUCAUAUAUGCUGCACUAUGUAGAAUUUGUAUUACAAAUUAUUUUAUGCAGAGUGAUAAAUAUUUUAGUAGUUGCAUUAAUGGGCUCCCUAAACUUGUAAGUUUUGUAAAUUAGUCCCUGGUAUGAAAAAUAUUUGGCUAAAAGGAUGUUUCGUAAUAGACAGGUGUCAGAUGCACCACCUGAUGCUACAAAUGAACAGUUCUUGAAACAGCCUUAUCAUUCACCUUUGGAUUUCAUGUACGCAAACUGCAGAUAUUAGUCUAGGAUCAAGAGAACGUAAAAGCCAUGAAAGGGAAGGUGAUCUACAGCCAAAUACAAUGUGCUGUUUCAAAGAUUUUCCCAGAGUCAUUUGUACGUUUUGAACUCUGUGCACAAUGUCAUCUCAACUUAUAAUAAUAAGUGAUGUUCAGGGUGCUAAUUUAAUCUUAAAAUGUUAACUGUAUGAAUAAAACAAAUGUUUUGUAGCAUAUUAUUGACAGGGUAGGAUUUGUUUCAAAAAUGUUCUAGUAAUUCAUUCUUUAAUUACGGUGUAAUUUUUUUCAUAAACAUUGGACUGAGUAGCACAUAUAGAUGUCAGCAGUAAGCUUUGCAGAAAAUUCUGAGGUACCUGAAUAAAAUGUUCACAACAAGACAGCUAAAACAGAAAUACUGUUGACAUUUUUGUAUUAUCAUAUCUACUUUCUAAGCGAAAGCAUGAUGUUCAUGUUUGAAAUACAUUGUAUGUUGUACUUUAUGUAGGUAUCUGAAAAAAGGAUGUCAGUUAAUUGUGUUGUGAAUAAUUUAAAAUAUAAAAUGUGGCACUUUUA